UCCGCACUCGAAAAGACACCUCUCGUGAUGACAUCAAAUAUUACAAACACUCAAAACGAUGAUAUCUUUACAAAUCUUAAUGAACAACAUAUCGAUAAAAACAGCUCAGACAAUGAGAAAAGCAAUUGCUGGGCCCCCCCUGACGAAAUGGAAAACCUUGCAACUACAUUGUACAAGG